UUUUUUGGGUAUAUGGAUGGUGAGUGUGAGAGACUCUAAAGAAGCGCGUUUGCAUAUGGGGGUGUUGAUAAUUUUUUUCCAAACAAUCAGUCAGUCACAAGAAAGGAACAACAUGAAAGUGAUCUCCAUGUUGGAAACCUAAAAACAAGGGAGAGAAAAAAAAAACUCGCAUCGCGUCCUUGGUUCCUCGCAUUAGCCACCCACUGGAUUUUCUUGCCAACGAGCUUCGACUACACCAACGCCGCUUCGUCCCAGUGCUUGCUAAUCAUCGGCUCCUCUUAAUUGCAGCAACCACCACGCUUCGUGUUUUCAGAUCAAAGAAGUGGGGGAACAACACAGAUUUGGAGCGGCACGCCAGCAAUACGGACCGGGGGUGACCUGAGGCGUGGAGAUUUUUGGCCGCUGCCUGCAUCUCCACGUCGCGGUCCCAAUCAAGAUCAUUAUUUCUUUCUCCUUCCUUGUCCCCGCCCAAAUCGCAAGGCUUCGUUGCGAAUCGCCCUUGGCGUGGCCCCAGGAUUCGACGCCCCAGCGCCCUCGCUGGAAUCGUGGGCGCUGUGGAGGAGGACUCGAGGCGGCCGUCGCGCUUGUCUCGUCUCUCAUCAAUCUCACUCUCUCUCUGGUCUCUCUCUUUUUUUAACUGCGGGGAUUCGCCCUGAUUUAGAGGAGCGAGUUGCUGGUCUCGGCGCCGUCUAGCUCGUCCCGGACCGACGAUUUGGGGCAGGGCAGGUCCAAAGCUUGAGAGAUCAUCCACUUCCGCAUGCCUCAGUUGGGCCUGUCUCGUGAUCUUCCUGUAAUGCGGUUUGCGGCAGGCAGCAGCAUCAUGGAAGAUUGAGAAAAUUUGGAGGCAUCUACUACAAGGUUUUCCUGUGUGCCCUCAAGACAGGGCGCUGUGCCGUGUGGGCCUCCUCUUGGGCAUCCAUGGGGUUCCUCAGCCUUGUGGGCAACUCCUUUGGGUGCUCUGCUUCCGGUGAGCGUCUUGUCUCAGCUGCCCGCGACGGCGACCUGCAGGAGGCACGCGCACUCCUCCAAUACAACCCUCGCCUUGCCCGGUACUCCACGUUCGGCGGCCGGAACUCACCGCUGCACUAUGCCGCGGCGCAAGGCCACCAUGAGAUUGUCUCUCUGUUGCUUGAAUCCGGUGUUGAGAUCAACCUUAGGAAUUACAGGGGGCAGACUGCUUUGAUGCAAGCAUGCCAAUAUGGCCACUGGGAGGUUGUUCAGACACUGAUACUCUUCAAUGCAAAUGUGCACAGGACAGAUUAUCUGAACGGUGGAACUGCUCUCCAUUUUGCUGCACUGCAUGGUCAUGCCCGAUGCCUCCGUCUUGUGCUUGCAGAUUAUGUUCCAAGCGUACCGAAUUUCUGCACCCUGGUGAAUCAUAAGUCAUCUGAAGAAGAUUCAACUGCUGAUUUUGAUCAUGAUGCUUUGGUCAAGAUGGUGAAUCAGAAGGCGGAUGGAGGCUUAACCCCACUUCAUAUGGCAGCAUUAAACGGGCAUGUAGAGUGCGUGCAAUUGUUGCUGGACUUAGGGGCAUCUGUUUCUGAGGUCACUAUUGAGGAUGGAACAACUAUAGACUUAAUAGGGGCCGGUAGCACCCCACUUCACUAUGCUGCUUGUGGUGGAAAUGCUGUCUGUUGUCAGCUCCUAAUUGCUCGAGGGGCUUGCAUUGCUGUGCAAAAUGCUAGCGGAUGGACCCCUUUAAUGGUGGCUCGUUCCUGGCAAAGAAAUUCAGUUGAAGAAAUCUUAAGUAGAGAACCAGAGGGUCGGAUACACACUCUUCCUUCACCUUAUCUCUGUCUUCCACUCAUGAGUAUCAUGAACAUUGCCAGGGAGUGUGGAUGGAGGUAUCUAAACCAGUCACCUGUUUGUAUCGACCCUUGUGCUGUCUGCUUAGAAGGGAGCUGUUCCGUUGCUGCAGAAGGUUGCAAACAUGAAUUCUGCACAAGAUGUGCUCUAUACCUUUGCUCAACUAGCUACACGUCAGCGAGCCCAGCGGGUGCAAUACCAUGCCCUCUCUGCAGACAUCCGAUCAUCUCGUUCAACACCCUCCCCGGCACGAGCCCGAUAAGAGAGUUGCCGAGGAACAGCCUCUCGCUGUCGUUCUGCACGGCGUGCCCAGCCGUGAGCUCCGACUCUUCCGCCCCGGUCGGCGCCCAUCCGUGCCGCUCCGAGUUCCAGUGCGUCCGCCUGCCGCCGAUGGGCUCGUCCUCCUUCCGCUCGCUGAGCUGCCAGAGGAUACCAGCGAUGAAGCUGCACCCAUCGUUCUGCAUGGGUUCCAUGGACACGAACCCCUGCCUCAUAAGGUGCUCGAGGUUCGGGUCUGGCCUUGGGCGGUCGGCUUCCCAGAGAGAGGGGGCUACCAGAAGAGCUUGGCCUGUGACGUUCAGCCCCAUUGCUGCCACCGGCAGCUGAAUUGGCGGUUUUGUGCCCCCCGUUUUUUUGAGGUCGGGUUUUGUUUGCCAAUUUUUUGGUUGGUUUGAUCUAAUGUUCACCGUUGUGAUCGAUAUGGUAUGAACUCGCUGGUUCCAACUCCUUGUUGAUUCGGAGUACUUAUAUAUGUCUGAUCAGAAGCAGCACGUAACUGCUUACUACCUUGGUAUGUAAAUAACCCCGUGGUGUUUGUUGUAUGUUUCUGGGAGGCAAUGAAAUGCAAAUUGAAGGAAUCAGUUUUUUCA